CAAAUAGGUAAUAUGAGUGGCUAAACUUGCAAUUCACCCUUUUCUUGUUGGUUACAGUUCUUUCUCACUUCCUUUACCUUAUUUGAGAAAAGAGGGAAUUCUCAAUUCUGCAACAAAAGCCCCUUUCGCAUUCUGCCGCUCCACCCCUUUCUCCCCCAAAUUCAUGGGUCCCACUUCCACUUUCCGCCAGAUAGAAUAGCCAAAUUCUGCCAAGGAAAUCGUAAUCGGGUGUCGAAAAUGGAGAUCCUGAGAACGAAAUGGGCGGCGGCGGUGGCCGGGAUAUGGAUCCAAAGCGUUGCCGGAGCGUCCUACACGUUCGGGAUCUACUCCCCCGCCCUCAAGGCCACGCAGGGCUACGACCAAUCGACCCUCGACACCGUCUCCGUCUUCAAGGACAUCGGCGCCAACGCCGGCAUUCUCUCGGGCCUCCUCUACUCCUCCGUCACCCUCGGAUCCGGCGGCGGCGGGCGGGCCUGGGUUGUCCACGCGGUGGGCGCGGCCCAGUGCUUCGUGGGCUACUUCGUGAUGUGGGCCUCCGUCGUUGGGCUGGUGCCGCCGCUUCCCGUGCCGGCGAUGUGCGUUUCCAUCUGGAUGGCCGCCCACGCGCAGACGUUCUUCAACACCGCCAACGUCGUCACCGGCGUCCACAAUUUCGGGGACUACGGUGGGACCAUCGUCGGGAUUAUGAAGGGCUUUCUCGGUCUGAGCGGCGCAAUUCUAAUCCAGUUCUACGACGCCGUAUGCAAGGACAAGCCGGCCACAUUCCUUCUCCUCCUCGCCGUCGCCCCAACGCUCAUCUCCCUGCUCUCCAUGCCUCUCGUCAGAAACUACGACACCACCACCCCGGCCGACAAGCGCCACCUCAACUCCUUCUCCGCCGUCGCCCUCGCCACCGCGGCCUACCUCGCUGCCAUCAUCCUCCUCCACAACGUUAUCAUCCUCCCCUCCUGGGCCCUCGUCGCUUCCUUCCUCGUGCUCCUCCUGCUCCUCGUCGCCUCCCCGUCCAUAAUCGCCCUUAGAGCCCACCGCCAAGAGUCUGACACCUUGGCCCGCGCAUUGCUCGAGGAGAGCGGCUCCAAAGCCGCGCAGUCAGGCUCCACCGAAUUACUGCCAGAUGACCUCGACAAUCACGUCGAGGUCAAUCUGGCACAGGCUUUGCUGAGGCUGGACUUCUGGCUGCUUUUCCUGGCCGUGUUUUGCGGCCUGGGGUCUGGGGUCGCGACGAUCAACAAUAUCAGCCAGGUAGGCGAGUCGCUUGGCUACGCGGUCGUGGAGAGGACGACGCUGGUUUCCCUGUGGAGCAUAUGGAACUUCCUGGGCCGGUUCGGAGCAGGGUUCGUGUCCGACACCCUGCUCCAUCGUGGCGGGUGGGCCCGGCCCGCGCUGAUGGCGGUCACGCUCGCCACGAUGGCGGUGGGCCACGUGGUGAUCGCCUCGGGCCUGCCCGCGUGCCUCUACGUGGGCUCCGUCCUUGUCGGGGUCUCGUACGGGUCGCAGUGGUCGCUGAUGCCGACAAUAUGCGCCGAGAUCUUCGGGGUGGCCCACCUCGGGACCAUUUUCAACACGGUGGCGGUGGCUAGCCCGCUGGGGUCGUACGUUUUCUCGGUGAGGAUUAUUGGGUACGUGUACGAUGAGGUGGCAAGGGAGAAGGGCGGCGGCGGCGGCGGCGGAGGGGAUUGCUUCGGGAGUCGCUGCUUCAUGGCGUCGUUUCUGAUCAUGGCAGGUGUGGCCUUCUUCGGGUGUCUGGUGGCGAUCCUGUUGUUCUUUCGGACUCGACGGUUUUACCGGUCGGUGGUGGUCCGGAGGCGGCGGCGGGUGCAACGGCGUAGUAAUUAAUUGGUUAGCAAUCCAUCGAUCGAGGACUUGUAUGCGGUAUGAUUCGUUUUAUAUAGAGGACGUUUCGAGUAAGCUUUUGUAAGGAUAUACAGUCAAUUGAAUAUUGGAAUGUGCGUUUAUUUUGUCCCCCGUCAGUCACAUUAACAUCGUGCGUGC